GGCUCGCCCUUCCAGUUUUCGCGGGCAUGGCCGGGCGCAGCUGCUUGUCUCGCGGGGUGCUUCGCGCCGCCACGUCCUCCGUCGUCGUCCCGAGGCGUCCGCGCUCUGCCCCGGUUGCGGCUCCGGCUCCGGCCACCCCGGAGCAGGAUGCCGUCCCCGCACGGGACGCUGUGCCCCCGCACGGGACGCACCUCCGCCAACGCCCGGCGCCGCCGCCCCAGCCGCGGGCGGUGAACUUCUCGGAUGCGCGGGAGGCUUUCCGGAGCAAGACCAGCGGCCAGCUCCUGCGCGGGCUGCUGGUGCUCCGCCUCUGCGCCCUGGAGCCGCUGGUGCAACGCGCCGAGCAGCUGAUGCACCUCAGCCAGAAGCUGCUGGGCCAGUGGCUCUUUGAGAAGCUGAUGAAGCUGACUUUCUAUGGGCAGUUUGUGGCUGGAGAAGACCAGGAAGCUAUCAAGCCACUCAUCCGGCACAACCGUGCCUACGGCGUGGGCUCUGUGCUGGACUACAGUGUGGAGGAGGACUUGACCAGUGAGGAGGCCAAGAAGAAGGAACUAGACUCCUGCGUCUCUGCCUUUGAGAAGGAGACAGGCAAGCAGAGAGAGAAGCGCUACAGCGUCCAUCACAAGUUUGGGGAUCGGCGGGAUGGCGUCACUGGCGCCCGAACCUACUUCUACGCCGAUGAAGCCAAAUGCGACCGGCACAUGGAGACGUUCGUGAAAUGCAUUGAGGCCUCAGGAGGCAGCUCCAAAGACGGAUUCUCUGCCAUCAAACUCACAGCGCUGGGCAGGCCGCAGUUCCUGCUGCAGUUCUCAGAGGUGCUGGUGAAAUGGAGAAGCUUCUUCCACCAACUGGCUGCUGAACAGGGCAAGGUGGGCCUGGCAGCUCUGGAGACCAAGCUGGAGGUAGAGAAGCUGCAGGAGGCCCUGGCCAACCUGGGGAUUGCCACCAAAGCGGAAAGCCAGCAGUGGUUCGCGGGCGAGAAAUUGGGCCUCACAGGAACGGUGGACUUGCUGGAUUGGAACAGUUUGAUCGAUGCCCGGAUGGAAAUCUCCAAACUCCUGCUGGUUCCCAACCUGAAGACAGGCCAGCUUGAGCCGCUCCUGUCUCGCUUCACCCAGGAAGAGGAGAGGCAGAUGAAACGUAUGUUGCAGCGCAUGGAUGUCCUGGCCAAGAAAGCUGUCGGGGUGGGUGUGAGGUUGAUGGUGGAUGCUGAGCAGACCUACUUCCAGCCGGCCAUCAGCCGCCUCACCCUGGAGAUGCAGCGCCGAUUCAACCAGGAGAGACCAGCCAUCUUCAACACGUACCAGUGCUACCUGAAGGAGGCCUACGAUAAUGUGACCAUCGACGUAGAGCUCUCGCGCCGGGAAGGCUGGCAUUUCGGAGCCAAGCUGGUGAGGGGCGCCUACAUGGAGCAGGAGCGAAGCCGGGCAGCCGAGGUGGGCUACGAGGAUCCCAUCAACCCAACCUAUGAAAAGACGAGCGAGAUGUACCACAGAUGCCUGGACUACAUCUUGGAGGAGAUCCGGCACAGCCGGAAGGCCAACGUGAUGGUGGCUUCUCACAAUACAGACACGGUCAAGUUCACCCUGGGCAGGAUGGCAGAUCUUGGCAUCCACCCUUCAGAAAACAAGAUCUACUUUGGGCAACUGCUGGGCAUGUGUGACCAAAUCACCUUCCCUCUUGGUCAAGCUGGGUUCCCCGUGUAUAAGUACGUCCCCUACGGCCCCGUGAAGGAGGUCUUGCCUUACCUGUCCAGGAGAGCCCAGGAGAAUCGGGGCCUGCUGGCGCGAGCAGAGGAGGAGCGGCAGCUACUCUGGACGGAGCUGAAGAGGCGCGUGUUUGCGGGCGCCCUCUUCAACGCACCCAGUCCCCCUUGAGCGGUUCUCCCCAGCUGCCUCAACACUGGGGCUGCUUGGACAGAGAGCCCAGUCGGACCAAGUCGUGGACGCUUCCUUCCUUGCUGGCUGACCGGAUCCUGUCUCACCUGUUGCCAGGGUGGAAGAGUUUCUUGGGACCUGGCAACA